UUGAUUUUCUAUCAGCAACAUUAAUCAUCAUCUUGCUAAUUAUUUGUUAAUUGUUUGGCUUAUUAAUUUACUUUUGUAUUAUUUUUUUGUCAAAAUGCAAUCAGAUAAAUCGUCCAGUGAUAGGAAAGUUCGUCGUAAACAGUCAACACCAUCAUCUUCCAAUGUGAACAUCUCAUCAUCAUCAUCUUCUUCCGCCAACAAGAAGGAAUCAACCGGGAAUAAGAAAGAAAUGACCCGAUCAUCAUCUUCAUCAUCUAAAUCAUCAUCAUCUGCAUCUUCUUUGACCCCAUCAUUGGCUAAAUCGAAUGAAGUAACAAUCAAUGUGAUGAAUGUUACCCUGACCGCCAUUGAGAAUGAGGAAAAAGAAGCCCUUAGUCAUGAACCUCAACAAGAUGUUGACACUUUCUAUCAAACCUGUGAGCUGAUUAGAAAUCAAUUAGCUGAGUUGAAAAUUCGCAAGAAAGAUAAUAAUGUAGAAAAUGAUCCCGAAUUUAACAGUCGUAAACUCGAAGUUGCUAUGGCUUUUCUGGAACUUAAAAGGCUCAACAGAUAUGAUAAAAUUAGAUGUAAAAAUGCUCGUGAUUUAGUAACUGAGGAAAAAGCUAAAGUUGACAGUUUCCAUUUACAGCUACAGAACCUGAUGUAUGAAGUUCUUCAUCUACAAAAAGAAAUAAAAAAGUGUCACGAAUUAAAAUCCAGAGAUGAAAGUAUUGAACUCGUCAGUUUGGAAGAGUUUUAUCGAGAAGCACCGGAAGAAAUCACUCAGCCGAUCAUCGAUUCACAAGAUUCACAUAGAUGUACACUCGCUCGAUUAGAAUGGGAAUUGCAACAACGUAAAAAAUUGUCAUCAACUUUGGAAGAUAAAAUGAAAUUAAAAGAAACAAUUCUAGAAGAUAUUGAGAAGGAGAAACGACGAUUAGAAAGCAUAAAACCAAUUCUAUUGAAUAUCGUUGAGGCUGCUCAACCUUUACAAUCACAAUUAGGAUUACCCCUUCAGACCAUUGAUAGUCAACAUGAGAACGCUUUAUAUUUAUCCCGUCCGAUGUAUGUAUUAUAUGUAAAUGCUUGUGCCAUGAAAGAAGCUUAUAAUGAGAAAUUCAUAAUCUCUAUCAAUGGAAAUGUAGAUGAAGCUAAAGCAACUCAGUUCUCAAAUAUUAUUGAAGAUGAAGAAAGUGCCGAAUCCGAUGGUGAAGAUCGCAAAGGAAAGCGCCAUCGUAAAUCAAAGACUGACAAGAGAGAAUUGAUCAUGAAAAAAUUAAUCUCAGCUCACCCAUUAUCAGUUAGCUUGAAUUUCAUUGAUCCUGAAACAGAAACCAAAUUGAUGAUUGAAUUUUUUCACAUGAUCAAUCUCAGCAUCAUAACAGUAAAAGCGACUCUUAUUGGAGAAAACGAUGUCAAUCGGAGUGACCUGUUGAACUCUCAUAUACUAGACAAUUUGUUCAUUAAAGACGAUGGAUUGACAUCACCUAAUCCUGCAAAUGAGUAUCAACUUAAAGCUUUAAGAAUUGGCAGUUUUAGUGAUCUUAAUCAUAAAAUUGGUUAUGCUUACAAAUGGGCUCAAAUAUUGGCAGGAUUAAGCUUUCUACCUGAUAAUGAAGAUAAAAACAAUAACGUUGACAAUUAUACCAAAGUGAUUGACGCAAUUAAAGAUCGGUUCAGAUCUCGACUUGGUUUACAUAAAGUUAUCCUUGAACUUGAAAGUGGAUCGACAUCUUUACCCGAUCGCCUUGUUCCGGUUUCCUUUAACAAAAUAAGUUGUCUAAUCAAAGAUUGGAAAUCAUCAAAUCUAGAUGAAUGGUUAAAUUGUCCAUCAGGAGUGAAGAUGUUUAACUUUAAUCUAAUCGACGGAUCUGAACAUUUCUUUAAGUUGAUUAUAGUUAGAGGAUCAGCCCAACUUAAAGCUUACGUUGCAGUUCCCAACAAUUACCCUGAGAAUAGUCCAAUUUUUCAAUUAAUCUUAAAUUGGCAAACAGAGAAGACAAGUUCAAUUGAUAUAGCAUUACGUGACCUGGAAUAUUACAUUAAUGUCCGAUGUUUAGAUUUAAUUAAUGAAUCGGAAAAAAUUCGUUCUCUAGCCAUUCAAGUUUACUAUCUUUGCAUUGGAUUUGAUACCUUAUUGGAAGCCGAACAGAAUCAUUCAGGAGCUGAAGGACCAUUGGAAUUUCCUCAAGGCCGAAUUUUUUCCCGAAAACAUAGUGGCCGUGAUCAUAGUAAACCUUUUGAAUUCGUUCAUGAAUAUGGAUUUUUCCGAUAAUCAUCUUAAUCACACAUACACAAUUUAGACUCAAAUUGAUCAUUGAAAAAUCACCACAAACAACAAAACAGUCCAGACAAACCGAGUGAAAACCCAUAAUCAUCAUCAUCAAUCACUCUAUCAUUGUAUUAUUGCGAUAAACAUAAAGAAACUAUUAUGUUUACAUUAAUUAAAAAGAAGUUAAUUCUUA